AUGGAAAACGACUUCAAAAUUCACUUUGACUAUGUGGAAAACACAUCGAACGACAAGGAAGAUUGGAAAUGGAACAACUUGAUUGAAAUUAUUGGAAACGAUUUGGAAAAAUUUGAAGAUAAUAUACAUCGUGAGUUUAUUCUUCAUUUUUUAGAAUUAUAAAAUCUUAUCCAUAAUUUUCAGAUAAAAUAUUAGUCUUCACAAAUUCUGAUAGAACAACUAACAAAAUUGCUUGUGAUCUAUACGCCAAGCUCAAGACUAAACCUCUUGUAUUUCCAUUGCAACAGUUUGAAUCACCAGAAGAAGAAGAACACGCAAAAAAUAAGGAAUUGAUGGAAAAGUUCAGAAAACAAGCUAAAAUGAUUGGAAUAACACAUUUUGAUGUUUUCAACAAAACGAAUUUCCCGUUCGCAACACAUUUCAUAUUUUAUGAUUUUCCGAUUCACUGGCAGGAAUUUUUGGAUGUCUUCGAAAAAAUUGGAAUGGAGUCGACAAAAUGUAAUAUGGCUGCUAGAAUCACUGUAUUUGCAAAUGGAUCACCAGUUCAAAAAAUUAGUUACAUCCACGCACUUCAAAAUGUCGGAGAACCGCUUCCGAAAUCAUUGCAAAAGUUUGUAAUGUAAGUUGAGUUCAUGUAUUCCUCUAUCACAAGGGACUUCCAUAAGUGUGAUAACGUUUUGAAAAACAGUAAAGGCAAUCUUAUAGAGCUCAACUUGCUGAAAACGAUGGCACAAAGAGUAGCUGCUUAGGUCCAGUCGAAGCGCGAGAAAAAGAGACCCGUACCUAAUUUUAAUAUACAAUUUUUAAAUGAAUCCCGCCACGUUAUAUUUUUUUUUUUCAUAUUCUUGAGAUGAAGAUUUUUUGCGCCAAAUUCUUUUUUUUUCAAAACUCGUUAGCAAUGAAAGUCCGUUGUGAGACCAUUGUUGAAUUCCUACAGUAAUACUCGGAAUUUCAGUGAAAAUGCAUUGGUUUCGUUGAAAAAAUUGAAGCUUUCGGAUGUUUCAAAGGAUAAAAAAGUGUGUACAACUUUGCAACCAGCUCCUCAAACCCAAAUUCCGAUGAAGAUUUCAAACGCUGAUUCAUAUGAACAUAAAUUAAUCACCAUCGCAAAGGACUUGAGUUUUGGAAAUUUUAAAUCGAAAUUGACAGAAACUGAUUUCAAUUAUUUUCAUGCAAUGACACCCGAAGAAAAACGCACUUUUCAAAAUUCGGUCACCGAAGAAAUAUGGGAUCAUAUUCUGAAAACCAAUAUGGAAACAAAUCCUUUCAGACAUGAAUCGAAAAACAUUGCAGUUAUGAUUCGAAAAAUUAUAAAAGAUGUGAAAAAACAAAUCGAGGUGCAAGAAAGAUUUUGGGAAAAAGGACAUACACAAUUUGUGAUGAUCAUUUUAUUCAAAAAAGUUCAUAUUUUAUCAAUGAACACAUACAAUAAUAUCAAAAAACCAUGCAAAUUCUGCAGUUCAAAAACACACUUGAGCAAUCAAUGCGUGUAUUAUCCGACAAUUGAAAUGCGACAGUUCAGAUGCAAAGAUAUUGGUAUUUGUAAUUAUUGUGGAAUAUUUAUGAAAUAUAACAAUGAACAUCAAUGCGCAGAUAAUAUUCAAUGUUAUUUAUGUGGAGAAAAAGGUCAUGUAAAAGCAAUUGGACAUGGACAUCAAGAUUGGUGA